GGCCUUUUGGUGAUGAAAGCUUGGCAAAGCAAACGCGUUAAAUCAAACGUUGACGCGUCCGAGCGAGCUCUUCGACGGGUUUGGCUCAGUAAUUCCUCGUCGACAACGUCGUCUUUUUACCGGACUCUCGCUUUAUUUUAUCACUUCAAUGUAGAAGUGAUUUAGUCAAAUGCAUCGCCCCCGUCCGAAGACCUCGGAAGCCGUUGCAACAAAACCUUCAGCGGACAGGCUCAAUAAACCAUUCAAAUGUCCCGGGUUAGCGCUACGUACACGAGCCUCUGAUAAGCCCGCUAGAAAAAGAAGAAAAGUCAACUAUGCGGGAGCGGACGGAGAGGCGGAAGAUGGGGAGAAACCAUGGACCAACGAAGAUCGACUUGCCCUCGCGAACCGCGAUGCAAAUAGGUUCCCUGCAUUCAAAGUGAAGGAUAAAGAGCAGAUUUUCAAGCAGCGAUUUUCCAUCCCUUUAAUGAAUAAAAAUUCCGGCGCCUAUAAUCCGAAUCGUCCAGCUCCCAUUCUUGGGAUGCGGAGCGGGACGACAUUUGUUGUUAAACCGCUGCAUGAUCCCAGCGGGGAAUUUGCGAUUGUUCUUUAUGACCCUACGAUUGAUGAUAAGCCGGUCGACCCUAAUGAUGCUAAUGAUGGAAAUGAAGAAAGGAAGGAAGGGGAGAAGAAAAAUGAUCCCCCCAAGUUGGAUGCACCACUUGUGCAUAAGAGUUUGGCGGAUAUUCUUGGAAUUAAGAAGAAGGUUGACGCUCGUCCGAGAGUUCCGGUUGUUAUUGAUCCUAGACUUGCAAAGGUGUUGCGUCCGCAUCAAGUGGAGGGAGUGAAGUUCUUAUAUCGCUGUACUACUGGUAUGAUCGAUCCCAAGGCCAAUGGUUGUAUUAUGGCAGACGAGAUGGGUUUGGGCAAAACGCUCCAAUGUAUUACUCUGUUAUGGACACUGCUUAAGCAAUCUCCGGAGGCGGGUAAAACGACCAUUCAGAAGUGCGUGAUUGCUUGCCCAUCGACGCUGGUGAAGAACUGGGCGAACGAACUUGUCAAAUGGUUGGGGGAGGGAGCAGUAUCGCCUUUUGUUAUUGACGGAAAAGCUUCCAAAGCGGAGCUUAUAUCCCAGCUCCGACAAUGGGCAGUCUCGUCAGGGCGUGCCGUUGUCAGACCAGUUCUGAUUGUGUCGUAUGAGACAUUGAGGCUCAAUGUCGAUGAACUUAAGGACACCCCGAUUGGGUUACUGCUUUGCGAUGAAGGCCACCGACUCAAAAACGGAGACAGCCAAACAUUUACUGCCUUGAAUAGCCUAAAUGUCGACCGUCGAGUCAUCCUUUCUGGAACUCCAAUUCAGAAUGACUUGUCCGAGUAUUUCUCGCUUUUGAAUUUUGCCAAUCCGAACAUUCUGGGAACUCGGAGCGAGUUUCACAAAAAAUACGAGAUGCCAAUCCUCCGUGGCCGAGACGCUGAUGCUACUGAUGAGGAUAGGAAGAAGGGCGAUGAAAGUGUAACAGAGCUUUUGAACGUUGUCAACAAGUUCAUUAUUCGACGAACCAACGAUAUCCUUUCCAAGUACUUGCCUGUCAAGUACGAGCAUGUGGUGUUUUGCGGGCUGGCUCCGUUUCAGACUGAUUUGUAUAAUCAUUUCAUUCAAAGCCCAGAUAUCAAAAGUUUGCUCCGAGGUAAGGGAAGUCAGCCCUUGAAAGCGAUUGGACUUCUGAAAAAGCUUUGCAACCACCCAGACCUCCUUAACCUAGGCACAGACCUUCCUGGAAGUGAGCAGUUUUUCCCGGAUGAUUAUGUUCCAAUGGAGUGUCGGGGACGGGAUCGCGAUGUGAGAUCUUGGUAUUCUGGUAAAAUGAUGGUCUUGGAUCGCAUGCUUGCGCGGAUUCGGCAGGACACCAAUGACAAGAUUGUUUUGAUUAGCAAUUACACGCAAACUCUUGACCUUUUUGAAAGGCUUUGCCGGACUCGUCAAUACGGUUGCCUACGAUUGGAUGGCACGAUGAAUGUGACCAAAAGACAGAAAUUGGUUGACAAAUUCAAUGACCCUAACGGGGAAGAAUUUGUCUUUUUGCUUAGUAGUAAGGCAGGCGGUUGUGGUAUCAACUUAAUUGGUGCCAAUCGCCUGGUUUUAUUCGAUCCAGACUGGAACCCGGCGGCUGACCAGCAAGCCCUCGCUCGAGUGUGGCGUGACGGACAGAAGAAAGACUGCUUUGUCUACCGCUUUAUUGCAACAGGUACUAUCGAAGAGAAGAUAUUCCAGAGGCAGUCUCAUAAGCAAUCGCUCUCUUCAUGCGUCGUUGACUCUGCUGAAGACGUCGAGCGCCAUUUUAGUCUUGAUUCGCUUCGAGAACUUUUCCAGUUUAAACCGGGGACUCGCAGCGACACUCAUGACACCUUCAAGUGCAAAAGAUGUCGGCCUGACGGCACCCAGCACAUCAAGGCGCCGGCCAUGAUGUACGGAGACACGAGCUCAUGGAACCAUUUUGUCAAUGAUGGGGAGAAAGGCCCCUUGGGUAAGAUCCAGGAUUUGCUAUUGAGACAAGAAGCGUCUGAGCGGGAUGUGACGGCGGUAUUCCAGUAUAUCAGUCAUUGAAUCGAGGGGCAUUUAACUUUUCUUUUUGUUCCUCUUUUUUUCAGAGAAUUUGGCGUUGGGGAUAUCAUUGCUGCAUAUUUGUAUCUUGAAUACAAUACAAAACAGACCUAAAGCUUAGAUUAGAUCAUAGUUACUCUAUCGAUAUUGGCAGCUCUUGAUAUCUAUAACUCCGUAC